AUGCCCAACCCCACCUCGCGGCUAUUUCAUCGCACCGUCGAUGGUGCUUCUAUCUUUAAGAUCAGCAGGUCAUUCUAUGGCUCAACACCAGAUUGGACGAAAUUUCACAAGCAAUUUCGUUCAUAUGCUAUUAACGCCAAGGCUGGAUCCAAUGAAGUCUCUUCAACGUUGGAACGCCGAAUACACGGCAUUGAGGAUGAUACUAAGUUAACAGAGACAGGCCGAGUAUUGUCUGUUGGUGAUGGUAUCGUUCGCGCCCGUGGAUUAACCAAUAUCCAAGCUGAAGAGCUGGUCGAAUUUCCGUCCGGUGUGAAGGGUAUGUGCAUGAACCUGGAAGCUGCUCGUGUCGGUAUCGUGCUCUUCGGUUCGGAUCGCCUUGUCAAACAGGAAGAUACUGUCAAGCGGACUGGCGAGAUUAUUGAUAUUCCCGUCGGCCUUGAGAUGCUGGGACGAGUGGUUGACGCACUCGGAAGUCCAAUCGAUGGCAAAGGGCCCAUCAAAACUACCGAGAAGCGGCGGGCUCAGCUCAAGGCUCCUGGGAUUUUACCUCGACAUUCCGUCAAUCAACCUGUUCAGACUGGUAUAAAAGCAAUUGAUGCUAUGGUGCCAAUUGGCCGUGGUCAGCGUGAGCUGGUCAUUGGGGACCGUCAAACUGGGAAGACGGCCAUCACUCUAGACACUAUCCUAAAUCAGAGAAGGUGGAAUAGCUCCUCCACUGAAUCCGACAGGCUGUACUGUAUUUACGUCGCUAUCGGCCAGAAACGCUCUACUGUGGCCCAGCUUGUCAAGACUCUUGAAGAAAAUGAUGCCAUGAAAUACUCGAUCAUUGUCGCAGCUACGGCCUCGGAAGCUGCUCCUCUACAAUACCUUGCUCCCUUUGCUGGCUGUGCUAUGGGGGAGUGGUUUCGAGACAGCGGCAGACAUGCUAUUAUUGUUUAUGAUGAUCUAUCAAAGCAUGCAGUGGCCUACCGUCAAAUGUCGCUGUUGCUUCGCCGGCCCCCUGGCCGUGAGGCUUACCCUGGAGAUGUUUUCUACCUCCAUUCACGUCUUUUGGAGCGUGCAGCAAAAUUGAACGAUAAGCAUGGUGGCGGCUCUCUUACCGCCCUUCCUAUCGUUGAGACUCAGGGCGGUGAUGUUUCUGCGUACAUCCCUACCAAUGUGAUCUCCAUAACAGACGGGCAGAUAUUUUUGGAAUCCGAACUCUUCUAUAAGGGCAUCCGUCCCGCGGUCAAUGUUGGACUUUCCGUGUCUCGUGUUGGCUCUGCCGCGCAACUCAAAUCCAUGAAACAAGUUGCCAGUUCCCUCAAGCUAUUUUUGGCCCAAUAUCGCGAAGUUGCGGCCUUUUCUCAGCUAGGCUCGGAUCUGGAUGCCGCCACGAAGCAAACUCUUCGACGUGGAGAGCGUCUGAUGGAGCUUUUAAAACAAAAACAGUACGCUCCUAUGCCUGUCAAUGAAAUGGUACCCUUGAUCUAUGCUGGUAUCCAUGGUCUUCUUGAUAAUAUACCUGUUAACAGGAUUAUGGAUUGGGAAGCUGAGUUUCUCGCCCACUGCAGACACAACAAGCCAGGGAUGCUCUCCAGGAUCGAAGAUGAAGGCAAAUUAAGCAAUGACCUAGAAGCUCAAACUAUGGAGGUCAUUGUCGCCUUCAAUAAAGCUUUCUCAUAA